AUGGCGUUUACAUUACACUCACAUUCUGGCGAGUUCUGCCCUGGCCAUGCCAAAGACCAACUCGAAGAUAUCGUCAAACAUGCCAUCUCCGUUGGUUACAAGACCAUUGGCUUCACAGAGCACAUGCCUCGCUAUGAUCUACGCGAUCUCUAUCCCGAAGAGCUCGAUAACCCUCAAGCUGCUCUAGAAGCUCUCCCUCCUCGUCAUGAAGCAUAUCUCGUGGAAGCUCAGCGUCUUCAGCGCGAGUAUGCCUCACAGAUUCACAUUCUCAUUGGCUUCGAGGCUGAGUUCAUCCGCCCAAACUGCGCAGCACACGUUCGCAAACUCGCUGAGCAUCCCAUUGUUGAUUACUUCAUCGGCUCGGUGCAUUACGUCCACAGCACUCCCAUUGACUACAACAAGGAGAUGUUUGCCACAGCUCGUGAAGCAAGCAGUCGCAAGACUGAAGAGUCGCUCUAUGAGGAUUACUACGAUCUUCAGUACGACAUGCUCAAGGAGUUGCGCCCGCGCGUUGUAGGACACUUUGAUCUCGUGCGGUUGAUGAGUGAAGAUCCAGCCCGGGAUGUUCGGCAGUGGAACGGCGUUUGGGACCGCAUUCUGCGAAAUCUGGCUCUUGCGAGGGAGCAGGAUGGAUGGCUUGAGGUUAACAGCGCGGGACUGAGAAAGGGACUCGCUGAACCUUACCCUGGUAGCAUAAUUGCCGAGGAAUGGAUUAAGUUGGGAGGCAAGUUCACUUUCUGCGAUGACAGUCACGGCAUUGCACAGGUAGCCACCAACUAUCCCCGAACAGUCACUUAUCUCGAGAGUCUGGGCGUCAAGGAGGUCUGGUGUCUCAAGAGGACACCUAACUCUGGCGUGGAUGGAACAAUGAGAGCUACUGUUGAGGAAGUCAGUGUUCCUCUGAGUGCGUUCCGGGAGCAUUUCCCAUAA